CAGAAGUUCCUUGCAACAAGUGUUGUUUACCUACUGCUGUCAAAACGGUGUGGAGUAUAUGUACAUAUGAUAUUGUAUAUAAACGUUUUAAAGUGAUGUAUUAUGCAAAUCACAUAUACACAGCAAACCGUAGGUAAAAUCUGAAACAUCAGUAUGAAUCGGCACAAUGAACCAAAACGAGAAGCUGAGCCGCCAGUGGAGCUAGAGAGCCAAUUUAUCUUACGGCUCCCACCAGAACCAGCAAAAGUGCUACGUGAAGCUAUUAGGAGUGGGGUUGUUCACCUUAAGGACAGACUUUCAAUUAAGCUUGAAAAUGACAUGAGAUAUGGUGAAGUUAGAGUAGACCAUUGGUUGAUGCCUGCUAAGAUAAUGGAUUUGCCAUCCAUAGUGGAGUCACUGAAAACCAUUGACAACAAGAGCUUUUAUAAGACUGCUGAUAUAUGCCAGAUAUUAAUUUGUAAGGAAGAAGAUGAUCAGACUCCAGAGGAAGAGGGUCCUGUCAAAACAAAAAAGAAGGAUCCAAAUAAAGUUGACAAAAAGUUUCUGUGGCCACACGGAAUAACACCACCACUUAAAAAUGUUAGGAAGCGUCGUUUUCGUAAAACACUUAAAAAAAAGUAUGUUGAAGCUCCAGAAAUUGAAAAAGAGGUGAAACGUCUGCUGCGUGUUGAUAAUGAGGCAGUUUCUGUGAAGUGGGAAGUGAUUUGUGAUGAUGACAAAGCAAAAGUUAUUAAACCAUUUUCAAAUAUAGAUGAAAACAGUGAAACUGGUCCAACAAGAAAUGUUGAUACUUCAAUAGAAACAAGCAACCCUCAUAGUGUGGAUGUAGCUGAGCAUGAAAUAUUUGGUGAGGCUGUGAGUGACUCAGAAGAGGAAGAAACAAAAAUAAAUGUCACAGAAUUUGAAGAAGAGACAAGUAGACCUUCUGCUGAUGACAGUCAUAUGUCUGACUCUACAUCAUUGCAGGGUCUGUCAGCAUCACGUGAUCGACUAGUUACAGAAUUCACUACUGACAUGUUCAGUGCUGAACGAAACUACUCAGAACAUGGACCUAAAGCUUCUGGUGGAAGCUCAUUGAAACAAGAGCAGCAGAAUGAAUUUGGUGAACAGUCAGGAGAAUAUCAAAGAGUAAAACAAGAAGUAUCAUUUGAGUAUGAUAUUUUCAAGAAUGAUUUGAACCCUGUAGAAGAGUCUGAAUACAAUUCUAACUCGCAGAUGUCCAAAGAAGCUGUGAAGACUAGAUUAACAGCUUUGGAAGCAGAGUUAGCUGAUUUGCGAACACGACGGCAACAGCAGGAGCUAGAAAUAGCUAACAUAGAAAAUCAUGCCCUUCGAGUGAGGUUUCUAGAUAUCCUUGACAAUUUAUUGGCAGAACAACUUGAAAAGGAACAAGAGUAUCAAGAACUCACGUCGUUAAUACAAAUGCAUGAGGCUCAAGGAGAAAACAACAAGCAAGGUUCAUCUGCAUAAAAUGUAACAGUAUUCUUCAGAUUAUUUUAUUAUUUGUUAGCUGUUUCAAUGAUUGUGUAUAUUUCUCUGCUACAAUAAAUUACAAAUAAAGAGUGUCUGUUUUUAUUGAAACACUGUAUGUUUUUUUU